CUAUAUUUUCCAUCAACUUUCAAAUCAGAUAUACACAGAAUAAAAAAAAAAUGGUAUCGUUGGCGGGGAUCUUCGCUUCUACAGCGACAUUCACAACAGUAAUACUGUGCCAGCUGAAUCAGCUAGUUCAACCAUGUGGUGCUGAUAUUGUGAUCCCCGGCGGCACCAUCUGCGGCACCGAUUACUACGACGGUAGCUAUGUUGGGUGCGACGCGAAUCGCUGCUGUAGCAACUAUGGCUACUGCGGCGACGACCGCGUCCACUGUGUCACGGACUGUUGGAAGCAAUGUCGCGAAGUUGAUGGAGUUGAUGGACAGCUUCUCUAUAAUAUCAGUACCACCACCACCACCACCACCACGAACGUAGUUAAUGCAACGCACAACGAAUACUACGAUGUCUCUACGACGACGACGAUCAACGGCAGCUGGCCGGACGGUUCGUUGUUGCCGUCGUCAUCAUGUGCAACUUCACUCUCCGGCUUACCGCAGGCCCAACGUAACAAGUAUGCUUUGGCUGCUUUCGGUCGUCCUCGUAAUCGUACUGUUACUGCAACAACAGCAACUACCGCUGGCAGUACUUAUUGUGGACGGUGCCUCAAGUUGAUAAAUUUGAAGACUGGAGUUGAAGCGAAGGUGCGAGUUGUUCACGAACGUAAUGUGGAAGGCCUUGAAUUGGGCAGUGACACUUUCAACAAGCUGCGUAGCUAUGGCGCAGGAAGUGCUGGAGGAGAUGACUAUCAUGAUCAUCAUCACCACCUUGUCUUGAAGUACCAGUUCGAAAAUUGCCAAGACUGAACAAAAGAAUGACGACAACUGGAGGCGAUUGAGGCACGAAUUCCAUCUUUUUUCUUUUAUUACAUGUUAUACAUCACAAUCCAUCUUUUUUUUUUUUAUAACCCAACUCAUGAGUAUCCAAGACAAAGCGAGUUGAAUCCGAUGUUGACGAGUUUUGAGUGGGGAGCAAGUUUAAACGCUCUUAUAAUUGAGGGGUUGGGGUCGGGUGUGAAUUUUGUUAACAACUUGGUCUGCUUUCCAUCCGAUGACCCUACCUAAAAAGCAAAACAAUCGACCUUGUUAAAGCGGGUUGAAUCCGGUGGUGAAGAGUUCUGAAUCCGGAGCUAGCGAGUUUUCUCGGUUUUGUAAUUGAAGGGUUGGGUCGGGUGUUUAAUUUAUUAACAAUUCUCAGCUGGCUUUUCUUCCGACCCCCACCUAAAAUACAAAACAAUCGACCCGGUCAAAGGAGUUUGAAUCCGGUGUUAACGAAUUUUGGUUGGGAGCGAGUUGAGCUCGAUGCUGAAGAGUUUUGAGUCGGAACCAAGUUUAAACGGUCUUAUGAUUAUUGAUGGGUUGGACGGGUGUUAAUUUUGUUAAAAUUAAGUUUGCUUUCCAUCCGACAUCCACCUAAAAAGCAAAACAAUCGACAUUGUACGUCAAAGUGGUUGAAUCAGGUGUUGACGAGUUUUAAUUCACGAGCGUGUUUUACCCGGUUUUGUAAUGGAUGGGUUGGAUCGGAUGUGGAUUUUGUUAAUAACUCGGUUGAGUUUCCAUCCGGCCUACACCUAAAAUACAAAACAAUCAACAUAUUCGAAGCAGGUUGAAUCCAAUUUUGACGAAUUUUGGUUCCUGAGCGAGUGCACUACAAGAAUUUUGGUUUCAAAACAAUGGUGCUAUUUUUGUAAAUUUUAUGGACUGGGUGCUAUUUUUGUAAUUUUUUUUAAAAGUUGCUAUUAUUGGAAAAUCACGAGAUUAUUUGCAUCUAAAAGUCCUUUAUUUAUUUCUGUAUAUCUUUUGAAGCAAAUAGAUUAUUUGCAUCGGA